AUGGAAUCUGCCGAGAAAGUUGAUGGGGCUGAUGUUGUUAUCCCAUUGUCGUCGGUUCAACAAGUUACUGAUAGGUAUGCUAACACGUUAUUUGGGUAUUUUCUGGGUAAACGGUUGGCAUUUCCUGUGGUCGAUUACUUUGCUAAAAACAACUGGGCGAAAUAUGGUCUUUCCCGGCUCAUGAUGAAUGCAAACGGGUUAUUUCUCUUUAAGUUUACUACUAAGGAAGGGAUGAAUCAAUUGCUUGAGGAUGGGCCUUGGCUAAUCAGAAGUGUUCCCAUAAUUUUAAAGGAAUGGUCGCCCUCUAUCAAGAUGGAAAAAGAGGACAUUACAGCAGUUCCAGUUUGGGUCAAGAUGCAUGAUGUGCCGUUAUCUGCAUUUACCGAGGAUGGGCUUAGUUUAAUUGCCUCUAUGAUUGGGACUCCUAAGAUGUUGGAUACGUAUACUGCCUCGAUGUGUGCGGAAUCUUGGGGAAGGAGCAGCUAUGCUAGAGCGCUUAUUGAAGUGCAAGCAGGAGCUGAGUUAAAAAAGAGUGUUACUGUUGCUAUCCCAUCUAUGGAUGGUAGUGGGUUUUCUAAGGUGGAGGUCAAGAUUGAAUAUGAUUGGGAGCCUCUAAGGUGUUCCUCGUGCUGUGUGUUUGGUCAUGAUGACAGCUCGUGCCCAAAGAACCCUCAGAUAACUUCUAGUGGGGAUACUAAAAAGAAGAAUGAUGAGUUUCAGGUUGUAGAGGGCAAGAAUAAGAAAGUGAACAACCAAGGCAUUCAUAUGAAAAAUCAGAAGCCUAAAGUAGUUUACAGGCCAGUUGUUAACCCUAAGCCAAAAUCGUCUUCUAAGAGUUCGUCGCAGAACCAGGUUUCAACGUCUAAUCCGUUUGAUAUUCUGAAGGAUGAUACUGGUAAUCAGGGGGAUUCCAAUGUCGGUCGAGUGGAAAAGAAACCGUCGAGUGAUAGGCAGGAUUCGGAUGAGGAGGGGCAAGCACCUCUUCUACCAAGUUUUCUAAUGGAUAGGCUGUCCGCUUUUCGUUUGAAGGGGUUGCGGUUUUGUGGCUACUUUAUUUUUGAUGAUGGUGGUUGA